AUGGCUCCGAAACUCCUCCUCACCGGUACCACCGGCUAUAUAGGCGGCGACUUCCUCUAUCUAGUCUCUCAGGUGCACCCAGACUGGGAAAUAACAUGUCUUGUUCGAAACAGUGACAAAGGCGCCAAAGUGGCUGCGGUAUAUCCCAAAGUGCGGCUUAUCUAUGGUGAUCUGGACGCUGUGGAGACCAUCGAGGAGGCCGCAGCCAAUGCCGAUAUUGUCUAUCAUUUCGCAAACUGUGACCAUGAGGCAUCCGCCAAAGCUAUUGCCAAAGGGCUCGCUCGUCGACAAGAUGACGGGCCUGGGUAUUGGAUUCAUACCUCUGGCACACUGAUUCUAGGGGCCGAAACCGUAGCUCUUGCAGAAUUCGGCAACCGACUUGACAAGAUAUACGAUGACUGGGACCAUAUCCAAGAACUCUCCUCUCACCCCGAUGAAGCGGCACAUCGAAAUGUGGACAAGAUCGUGUUGUCGUCCUAUUCAGACAGGGUCAAGACCGCCAUUGUCUGUCCUCCUACGAUCUAUGGCCCUGGCCGAGGACCAGACAAUACACGUUCUGUGCAAAUCUACCGGUCGACUGCAGAAUUCUUGAAGCGUAAAAAGGCAUUCAAGGUCGGCAAGGCUGAGAAUAUUUGGCACUAUGUCCACGUCCAAGAUCUCUCAAAACUCUACCUUUUGCUCGGCGAAGCUGCGCUCAACGGAGGUUCCCCGGCUACAUGGAACGAGUUAGGAUAUUACCUCGCAGAGAAUGGAUCGUUUGUUUGGGGCGACGUCAUACAGAAAAUUGCCGACAUCGCGCACAAGAAGGGCCUCCUGCCAGACUCUGAUGUGGAAAGCUUGUCCCAGGAUGAGGUGGACAGAAUCUUCGUUCACGGGAAGUAUCAACUCGGCACCAAUUCAAGAGGCGUAUCCGUUCGAGCGAAGAAGCUACUGGGCUGGAAGCCGACGAUGCGCAGCAUCCAGGACGAACUUCCCGACGCUGUAGAGAGCGAGGCUCGUCUCCUGGGGCUGAUCAAAAGCCAUGUGGACCUGGUUCAAGAAUAG